AUUGCCUUGUUUGCUUUCAUUGCCUGUGCUGCUGCCAAGCCUGGACUCAUUGGUGCCCCCUUCGCCUACCAUGCCCCCGUGGUGGCAGCUGCACCCGCUCCCGUCAUCACCGCCACCAGCAGCCAAGUUGUGGCCCGCACACACAAUGGCAUUGUCCGGGCACCCAUUGUAGCUCCUGUAGCACCAGUUCCUCGUGUUUUCGCUCCUGCUGCUCGUGUUGUGGCCCCAGUGGCUGCUCCCAUCCACGCCCAUCAUGUUCCAGUAUUUGCCAAAUAUGCUGCCGCCCCCGUAGUAGCUCGUUAUGCAGCUCCUGUACCCCACUUCCAUGCCCCUUUGGUAGCUAAAUAUGCAGCUGCCGCUCCUUUGGCCUACAGCGCUCCCUUCGCUUAUUCCUCACCCUUGGCCUAUGCCCCUAACUAUGCUUGGUAAAUUGUAUUGAAGUGGGAUUUCUGAAGAAAAAAAAUCUCACCUUGGACUGUUA